UACAUAUAGACUGUUUUACAUAUAAUUUUAAUAUAAUGUCACCAAAACCAAGGUCAAUUAAAGUUUGCCCAUCAAAUACAGCAGCUUCAGAUGCGGAACAGAUUUCAAAACUCCGAGCCUCUCAGUCACCUAUCGCUAUUGCUGUCCAGCGUUGUCCAACCUGGUCAUCGCUGGAACCACUCCGCUUCAAGCGCUAUUGGGACAACGACUCCAAUGGUGUUCUACUCAAUACAGGACAAACAGCGUAUUUUACACUGGAUUCACCAACACGGCCCCGUCUAAGCGGAGGGCCACUUAUUGGCGACUAUAUCUUCGAACAGAUGCACUUUCAUUGGUCGGUUGAUGAUUUCACUGGAUGCGAACACGUACUGGACGGGCACGGUUAUGCAGCAGAGUGCCACCUAGUCCAUUACAACAGUAAAUACGAAUCUUUAGAAGCAGCAGUGGAGCACGCGGAUGGAUUAGCCGUAGUUGGUUAUUUAUUAGAGGCAGCUGACGCGCCGAAUCCAAGUUUUGACAUGUUUGUAGAAGGAUUGGAACAAAUCAGAAAGCCUGAACAUAGCGUGGUAGUUUCAGCAGAGUCAUUAGCCUGGAUGAACAGAGAAGACGUAACAACGGGGAGCUACGUGACGUACAAGGGUUCUCUAACUACACCCCCCUACACUGAGUGUGUCACUUGGAUAAUAUACGAGAAACCAGUGCAAAUUGGAACGGAACAGCUGGGGCUUUUAAGACAAUUGGAGGGAGCAGACAGCGUACCAAUAGAAAGGAACGUGAGGCCUACGCAGCGACAUCCGCCCGGACACUCCGUUAUAUAUGUGAAACAGAUCAAGGCUAAACUCUGACAGUUUUA